UCUUAACAGAGAUUCACGAUCUUUAAAGUUAACAUGAUCAAAGAGGACGUAUAGCUAGCAACCAUUGGUCGCAAUAAGUCACAUAACAAGUGUCACAUAACUAGACUCCAGACCUUCCAACUAAGCUUUUUCCCAAAACUUAUCUUUACUUUCUUGCGGUUUCUCUUACCCGAAAGUCUGUGUUUACCAUUUAGAUUGAAAUAGAACCACUCUCAUCCAGAAAGGUUAAAAAAACAUGAACACAAACAAUCAUGGCCUUCUCCUCUUGAGCUUAGUCUUCAUAUUUUCUCUUCUUUACUUCCCCUACUUAGGUAUAUCCGAAACGCCUUGUCCGUACCCGUGUUAUCCGCCACCCAUUGGAAAUUUACCACCUCCAACCUUUAACUACCCUUAUCCAGCUGGAAAUUUACCAAAUUACCCUUCGCCACCUUACGUCGGUGGAGGCGCUAGUAGCAGUAUAUAUGGUCCUCCACCCCCGGAUGCUAUUUUGCCUUACUUCCCCUACUACUUUAGAAAACCUCCUCACCAGACGGAUCAAACGUCAUCGUCUCCUCUCGUGGCGGUUUCAGGAAAAUUGACGGUAAGGAUCGUAGCCAUGUCAAAUAUUGUGGUUGUUGGAGUUCUCUGUAAUAUUUGGUAAUCAAGUUAAUUACUAAGUAAGCAACUAUUGUGGAAAGUUUUCAUAUGUUUAUAAAAAAAUAUAUUGCAAUAUACUCCAGAGGACUAAAGCAGAAAAAAAAAGGUUGGCUUAAGAGGCUGCCCAGACUA